GCCGAGAAAGGCGAGCCGCCGCCACUGGACUGGGCACACGGGCCUCGAGGUCGUGCCACUGUCUUGGCAGCCGCACGCGGUCGAGGGAUCGGGCACUUUUCAAUUUGCAUUCGCCCACGAAAGAAGACGACCCACCUCGGCAUGGCUGCUGUCUGCACGUUCAACGAUUGCACAAACAAUGCGAUUCCAGGGUCGGUCAAGUGCGCGUUUCACAAGAACCGACGCCAGUGCAAGUACAAAGACUGCAACAACCAAGUGUACGCGCGCAACUUGUGCGUCCGCCACGGCGGCAAGAAGCAGUGCCACUUUGACGGGUGCGACUCGUACGCUCGCGGUGGCAACUACUGCAUUCAACACGGCGGCAUCGUCGUCAAGCGAUUCUGUAGCGUUGAAGGGUGCACGAAACAGGCGCACGCCAAGCAGCUGUGCGUUCGCCAUGGCGGGGGCCGCCUGUGCCGCACCCCCGGAUGCCAGCAUCACGCGCGCGAAGGCGGCUUGUGUCACAAGCACAACCAAAACUGCAAAUACGAUGCUGACGCGUCGUCGUCGUCGUCAACGGCGUCUGUCAAGUCGGAAGCUCACAGCCCGUCCAGUUUCCUCGACGGUGUCUCGACGGCGCCAGUGCCCGAACUCGAACUCGCGCCGCUUCCGCUCCUCCCCGAAAUCGACACGGUCUCGCCAGACGUCGCGGCGUCGAACGCGUCCAUGUACUCGAAGUGGCUGCAGUUGACCCAAGACGUGCUCUGGACGCUUCACCCCGACCUCAUGGGCAUCUCGUACGCGGGGCUUCUCCCGGCCAUGUCGGCUGUCCCCAUGGUCAUGCCUCCCAUGCAGCAGUUCCUCCCCAAGAUGCCAUCGUCGUACGAAUUCGUCGAGUCGCCCAAGGACACGUCGUUCGACCUGUUCACGCUGCACGACCCGACGUUGGCGACCAACUCGUCCAGCCUGUUUGACAUCUUUGCGCUCGACAGCGACCUCAUGAGCGGCGCCCAAGACGUGUUCUCUGUCUCGGGCGUGCAUGCCUAGACGCCAAGACAGAGCACUAUCACAGAGACGUAUGUGGCGACGACGGUCCGUGGUCGCGUAUUUAUAGGCACGUAGCCAGCCACUGGCUAUGGUUCCAUAACAUUCAUAUAUUUAUGCCUUUUGACUCUGAAUCACCCAGGGAGACUGUGUUUACCCGGGCAAAAAAUCAUCCGUGUGUG